AAACGUGUUAUUGAGUGAAAGCACAGCCAAAACAGUGACUGAUAUUCAAUACAAACCGGUGUUUGUCUUCAGAUAAACACAUCGACGACACAAACACUCCCACCGAUUGUCUUACCAUUCAUUUCACACCACUCUUCGCACUCAUUAUCUGCACUCUUGAGUCCAUACAAAUCACGUGAAAUACAAGUUUUAAUUAAACAAAUAGUGAGAUAACAAAGAGUUUUGUAAAUAUGUAUUCAUUGUUAUCAGUGUUUUGUGUUUUACUAUUGCUUUCAAUGCGAUUAACCAUCGCUUUUGGUCGACAACUCACUCACGAGGACUUCGAUGAGAUCAUUGGAUCCAAACACUAUCUCUUCGUCCAAUUCUAUGCCCCGAAUUGCGGUCACUGCCAGAAGUUGGCCCCGAUUUGGGACAAACUCGAGACCAAAAUGUUGUCAAUACAGAGGACACAAGUGAUCGUCGGUCGCGUCGACUGCACCGAAGAGCGAGACCUCUGUUCCCGGGAAUCAGUGAUGGGUUUCCCGACACUUAAGUUGUAUAAAUCGCACGAAACUAAUGGUAUUGAAUACGAAGGCGAGAGGAAUCUCUUGAGUUUAGAGACAUAUUUGAGGACACAAUUAGGCGAUCGUAUUGUCGAUGGACUGACGGACACCGAGGAGGUGGAGGACAGCCUCUCCAGCCAACCGGUGGCCGACACUCCCAAACCCAUGAAUGGCAUGUAUGAACUGACCGACGAGAAUAUCGACGAGUUUCUUAGCAAAGGUCGCCAUUUUGUGAAGUUCUACGCGCCGUGGUGUGGACACUGUCAACGGUUGGCCCCGACGUGGCACCAAUUGGCACAAUCCUUUGAAUUUGACACUUCCGUUAAGAUAUCGAAAGUCGACUGUACUAUCAGUUCCAUGUCCUGCAAGAACUACGAGAUUAAAGGCUAUCCAACACUCCUAUGGAUAGAGGAC